AUGAGUUCUUGGAAAAGGCUUCCUAAUUUUAUUUUCUUAAUCUGUCUGAUGAACCUUGUUGAUAUUGUCAAAUCCCAGUUUCCAACUCCAAUUUUUAUUCAUUUUGAUUGUAUAAACAACGGUAGUUACGCAAGAAAUAGCACGUACGGAAGAAACCUUGAUACUCUCCUCUCCUCCGUUUCGCCUAAUAUCGACGCCAAUGGAUUCUACAACGCCUCUAUGGGAGAAAAUUCUGAUAGAGUCAACAUCAUUGCGCUUUGUAGAGCUGAUCUUCAGCCUUCUCAAUGUAGUAAUUAUGUCGAUGAUGCUACAGCUAGGAUCUUGGAGGAGUGUCCUGGACAAAGGCAGGCAAUUUUAUGGCACGAAUUUUGUAUGGUGCGAUACUCCAACGAGGCUAUCUUUGGAACUCUUGCGAAUUCCCCAAACAGGUCGGCUCAUAGUGGGGAAAAUGUAACAAACACGGACGUUUUUAACCAGGAGUUGAACGUACUAUUGGACAGUCUUCGUGACCAUGCCGCUUUUAAUAGCUCUCCAAAGAAGUUUGCUGGUGCCACUCGGGAUGUCCCGAAUUAUCGGACAAUUUAUGCAUUCGAGCAGUGCACACCUGAUAUAACCUCAGUGGAAUGUGGUGAUUGCUUAACAAAAUCUGCCCAACAGAUACGAGAAUGCUGUGAGGGUGCAAGAGGAGUUAGAAUCCUUAGGCCUAGUUGCUAUCUUCGUUUCGAAACUGAUCCAUUCUACAACGCUACGAUGGUUGAAGCGGUAUUCCAGCCACCAACGCCACCAAUGCCACCGCCACCGCAGCCGUCGG